CCAACUUUGUGGUUUCCCUCGCUUGCGAAGAUAAGGAUUAUUUCCGACGCAGCCCAGAAGUGGAGCUUCAGAGCUCCCCGGAGGCGGGAUGGCGGCUCGGACCGCGCUGCUCUUUCUCCUGGGGGCGGCGGGAGUGGGUCCAGCCCCCUCCCAAGGCUCGCGGGGGGACCGAGAGCCCGUCUACCGGGACUGCCUGGCUCACUGCGAGAGGCGCAACUGCUCUGAGGCCGGGCUGCGGCACUUCCGCUCUCGCCAGCCGCUCUACAUGAGCCUCACAGGGUGGACCUGCAGAGAUGAUUGCAAAUACGAAUGUAUGUGGCUGACUGUGGGGCUUUACCUCCAGGAAGGAUACAAAGUGCCUCAGUUUCAUGGAAAGUGGCCCUUUUCUCGUUUCCUGUUUUUUCAGGAGCCUGCCUCUGCCUUUGCUUCAUUCCUUAAUGGUCUUGCCAAUUUGGUGAUGCUGAACAGAUAUAAAGCCACUGUCCCUCGUUCUUCUCCUAUGUACCAUACCUGUAUUGCCUUUGCUUGGGUGUCUUUAAAUGCCUGGUUCUGGUCUAUGGUUUUUCAUACUCGAGAAACAAAUCUUCAUAGAAAAUGGACUAUUUCUGUGCAUCAGCAGUCAUCCUUUACUCAGUGUACUUGUGUUGUGUCAGGUAAGUUGCUGUGUAAGACCAAACUCUGGCCUUUUGCCACUGCCUUGGGGGGUUUCCUGCUCCUUUUCUUGGCCUGCCAUGUUUCCUAUCUGACCCUUGUACGCUUCGAUUAUGGUUACAAUAUGGCUGCCAAUGUGGCAAUUGGCCUCCUCAAUCUCUUCUGGUGGCUAGGCUGGUGUAUGCGGAACCAGCAACGCCUGCCCUAUGUCUGGAAGUGUGUGGCAGUUGUCCUGCUUCUCCAAGCCUUGGCUCUCCUGGAACUCCUGGAUUUUCCACCCCUGUUUUGGGUCUUUGAUGCCCAUGCUAUCUGGCACAUCAGUACCAUCCCUGUCAAUAUCCUUUUCUACAGUUUCCUUGUUGAUGACAGCCUUUAUCUUCUGAAGGCUAACUCCGAUAUUCUUAAAAUAGACUAAAGCCUGUGAUGGAGGGUAACCUGGAAAAGGCCAUGGGCUGCCAUCUACAAAAGACACCUAUUGCUUUGGUUUCUAGCAUCUGAGGAGUAUGCUGUUCUAAGCCUACUUUGUUCUGAGAAUUUGCUCUCUACUGCUUCUGUUUUUAUAUUUCAAAAGCAUCCCUAUCAGGAUUCUGUUGCCAUAGUGUAAUAACCUGGCUGCCUUUUUUUCUUGAAUGUAUCAAGACAUGCCUCUUGUCUCUCUGGGACUUGUUUUGGGCCCUUUCAUUUGCCUUCCCCAGUUCUUCCUACACCUCUCUGGAGAGAGCAGGAAAGUUUUGUUUAUUCUACUGUUUCUUUUUCCUUUUCAAAAAACUGGUUCUACGGUUUUGGCUGGUCCAAUAGACUUUAUUGAAAGGACUUUGCAUGCCACUUGGGAAAAUGGCAGCAGGUGUGGCAAACCACAAUCCUUUUUGUGCCGUCGUUGACUUGAAAUCUGAACUGUUUCGGACAAGUUGCCCAUAAAUGUUGCUUCACUGAGAGGCUCCCCAUUUUUCAGGAAGCCAUAAGCUGCUUAGCACUGUGCUAGCUACUUCCUUGCCAGUCAUGAGAAAAGUAGAAAAUAGAUUCUAUACUGCAGUGACUUUUUAAAAUAUCAAUAAUAUGUGGUGCUGGGUUCAACUGUCUUCUAUCUUCAAAGCUUUGUAUGUGUAUAUAUCCCAUCACAGUAAUCCUUACUCCUUGUUGGCAUGGACUCUGUGUAUGUUCAGUCACAUCACUCAUUAUGUAUUAUUACUGUUGCUCCAAAAGCCCUGAGAACCACAACAACACCACCAGAUUUAUUGCUGGACUAUCACUCAGAAUGAGCUUCCAGCUGGAGGAGGAAAAUCUUUGGGAUUUACUUAAAAAAUCUGUUGGGAUUAAUGUGUGACAUUUUAAACUGUUCCUACCAAGCUGCGGAAGCUGUUUGAGAAAUUUCAAGAUGGAGUGCAAGCCAGAUCUGGAGGAGAAAUAAAUAGCAUUUCUCCUCUUCUCCACAUCUGCUCCCUGUUUUUAAAAUAGCAAUACAGACACUGUAGAGUGGAGUGGGUGUUUUUUUUAAUGUAUGUGUGAGAUAAGACUCACCUUGCCAAAAAUUCCAUCUUGGCCAGUGUUCUGUUUUUCCUGAACAUUUGCUGCUCAGAAGGCCUGGAGGAAGUUUGCUGUCUCAUCUUCUCCUUUUGGACUGCUAUGGCUAUGGCCCAUUGCUGGACCAGUCAAGUCCCUCUGUCUUCAAAGGCAGGCCAUUCCCGCAGCUUAAAAUUCAUGUCUUUUGGUGUUCAUCCAUUUUUUUCCCUUAAAUUUGGAAAAGCUUUAAAUUAAGGAAGAGAGGUCCAUCUGGAGCUGAAGGUGACAAAGUGCCUGGAUAUUUAUGCCAAGAAAUGUUGAUUGCUUGCAGAGGCAGAUGACCUCAGGAUUUUGUUGCUCAUUAAAUUUUCUCAUCGCUGAAGCCUUUCAGGGGCAUCAGAUUCAGCAACACUUACAGCACUUAAAGAACUCGUUACAUGUUGAUUGUGAACACUUGAGCAAUUUUCUGCCUGUGGGAAAAUCAGAAAAAGUAACAGGAGGCCAAAGUGCCUUUUGCUUGAAGAGUGCCAAAGGGUUCAGAAAUUACCCAUGUCCAGAGAAGAAUCAGAAUAAAAAGUGCAAUGGAGCCAGACUGGCUCAUGUGGGUACUUUGGCUCUAAACAGCCGCCAGGUGGCAGUGCUUGCCAAUUCACCUGUGAUUUGGAAGGGGUGUUUAACACAUGAGGGUUUGGUUCUAUG